AUGUCGACCCCCAUUUCUAUCCCUCGGACGGCUCCCAUCCCCAUUGCUGCCAAACCCAACCAUGCCAAGAACGACACGCCUGCGGAGGAGAGUAUAAAACCAAAGGCCUCCUCGAGCAUGAGAAGCUUGAUAGUAGACGGUGACCUACCCAACACACGUACCCGGAAGGACCGACCGUGUGAUGCCUGCAGAAGGCGCAAGAGUAAGUGCGUCAUACACGAGGGCCAGGUUGCGUGUGUCUUGUGCAAAUUCCACAAGCAGGAUUGCACGUUUGUCCAGAGUCCGCAGCCGCGCAAGAGAAAGCUUGUCCCUGAAGAAGGAAAGGUGGGAAAGGAGGACUCCGCUGCCAAGAGGAGGUCGCCAGACAGGCCUGAAGAACCAUCCAAGCGGAGGCAGCCUGACUCGAGCAAUUCCAGCACCUGUGCCGGCUCUCUCACCGAAGAUAUGGCCAACAUUGGCGGGCCAGCGAUGCUGAAACGCACGCUCGGUCUACAGAAUGAUCGGUACAGUCAAUAUAUAGGGCCGACAACAGACUUCGAGCCCUCUCUUCUCGACUUGUCGCAUUUCGAUCCUCAAGAUGAGAGUCUACUUUCGCGAGGCACGCUGAGGAAGGUCAGCGAUGUCGAUACUUUCUUGAUGCUCCCAGACUACAACACCCCUGGAUACGAGCAUGUCAUAGAGGACUCGGAUGCCGUUGAGGCAAUCGUCACUCCUCACGGCCUGGCCCUGAUAGAUCUGUACUUUCAUGUUAUUCACCCAAGCUUUCCUAUAAUCCAAAAGACCGUAUUUCUGGAGAAAUAUGCGAGGUCCUAUCAAGAGUUUUCGCCUGCACUGUUAGCUGCAAUGUAUAUUCUAGCAAUCAACUGGUGGGACCACAGCGAACAGCUGGCCAAGUCCCCGAGACCGAAUGUCAGAGAGCUUGAGCGGCUCGUACGUACGUCAUUGGCAGAUGCCAUGUAUCGGCCAAAGUUGUCGACAAUACAAGCCGGCCUACUCCUAUCGCAACGUCCGGAGGGAGACCAAUGGGCGCCGACGGCACAGCUUGUCGCUAUCGGCCAAGAGCUAGGCCUUCAUCUCGACUGUUCGACCUGGAAGAUUCCACUUUGGGAGCGCGGUCUCCGAAAGCGCUUGGCUUGGGCGUUGUAUAUGCAAGAUAAAUGGGGGUCGCUCAUACACGGACGGCCGUCGCAUAUCUUUGCAUCUAACUGGGCAGUGCGAUCACUCACAUGGAACGAUUUCCCUGACGACCAGAGCGACCCGGGUGAUGGAAGUGGUCGUGAGGAUGGAGAGGUGCUGGAACACGAGCGUGGCAGGCUCCUCUUCACAGAGAUGGUAUCCUUGUCGCAACUUCUUGCUGAAGUCCUGGAAACCUUUUAUACUCUAGCCGCGAUGGAUAAUGUGACGCGUGCCGGCACGUCUGGUACCCAUAUGGUUCUCUCCUUGGCGAAGCCCGUGCAGCUGAAGCUGAAAGAAUGGUUUGCUGCGCUGCCGGUGUGCCUGAAAAUGGAGAAUAGCCACACCAAUCUGGCAUCCUCGCCGUCGCCACUCAGCAAUGGAAGCCAGGGCAGCAGGCUUUCGUCUACCGGCUUCUUGCAUCUCUCAUACUUCGCCACUGAAAUUACGCUUCAUCGCCGCAUCGUGCGCUCUCUCACGCCACCUGGACCGAACCUUCCUCCCAUCGACCCCUAUAUUCUCCACAUCUGCCGAUCCGCCGCGAAAACUCGGCUCAUCAGCGCAAUGGAUUUUGUAAAUAGGUUGACACCAAGCCAUCUCCGCGCGUUCUGGUACUUCUCGUCCAAGACCAACUUCGCCCUCAUCGGAACCUUCGGAUCUCUCCUAUGGGCAACGGCCCCUGGAAAGGAAGAGGCCGACUUCUACCGUAUGCGCCUGAAGGAGUACCGCUGGACGCUUGGAGUCAGCGCGCGCGCCGGAGUCAGCGCGGAUGGUGAAGGGCGUGGCGUGAAGGGCCUAACUGAGUUUGCGCUCGGCAUGUUGGAUACCAGCACUGGCCUCCUGAAGGCUCUCCCCGAGAAGCCUCUGCUCUCACGAGACAAUAGCGAGGUCGGGCUGGGCAGUUCUCACUCCGCCAGCUUAAUAAGCCUAGGCGGGAUGAUGAGCUCGAGUGCGCGCAGCGGCGGUGGCGGCUAUGGCUUUGGGAUGGGCGAUGGCCAGGCGGGGUCGGGGGAUGUGGAUAGUGGACUUGCGAGCCCGAGUGAUAGUACCAGCUCGGUGGAGGUGAGCCAGGGGUUUGAGGCCUUUAUGGCGGCGCAUCUACAGGGACGGGAAAGAUGA